UGACACGUGUCUAACUCGACCAGUCUCCUACUCACUCACCUCACCUCUGCCUCUGCUCUUCCUCCAAGAACCUAACCACGCCCACCGCCCACCACGGUGGCUCGCCGGCGCCGGCCGCCGCGGAUCACGUUCCAGCCCCAGCUCAGCUCGGAGGGCCUGAUGCACUGAAAGUUCUUCUCACAUUUUAUUGUUCUUGAUAACAUGAUAGGUAGAGCAUGUUAAUGCCAUUCUGGAACAAGUAUAUGUGAAGGGUUUCUUGGUCAAAUUUCUGGAAUACUUUGAUGGAAUGCAACAGAGAGGAGGCCUUCAGGGCCAGAGAAAUUGCUGUAAAGAAGCUGGAAAAUAGAGACUUUGUCGGCGCCCGCAAGAUCGCGAUUAAAGCUCAAAGGCUUUUUCCUGAGCUUGAGAACAUCUCCCAGCUGUUAAUUAUCUGUGAAGUUCUUUCUUCAGCUGAGGCAAAGAUCUCUGGAGAGUUGGAUUGGUAUGGUGUUCUUCAGGUGGAUAAAAUGGCAGACGAAACAGUAAUAAGAAGGCAAUACAACAUACUUUCGUAUCGGCUUCAUCCUGAUAAUAAUACUCUGUUUGGUGCCGAAGCCGCAUUCAGGUUUGUUUCAGAAGCUCAUGCAAUAUUGAGUGAUCAUGUGAAGAGGUCUCUGUAUGACACCAAAAGACAGUGUGCUUCAAGAGAAGUGGCCAAGGAGGCUACACAGCCACCAAACAAGACUGAUUCAAACAUAAGCAAUGUGGCUGGAUCCAUGACACCAUCUGCUUCUGUGCUUGUAUUCUGGACAAUAUGUCCGCAUUGUCAGAAGCGAUUUCUGUACUACCAACGGAACUUUUUGGCCCGCUGCAGUGAUUGUGGUAAGAGGUUCUUCGCAAUCAAACUGCAUGAGCAGUCUGUUCCCUCGAGAAUCCUAUCAACUGCUGCAAAAAAGUCUCAGCUUUCAACGUCAGAAAUGUUAUCAUUUCAACGAAGUAGUGUCCCCAAUCAGCAUCAACAAGGUAAAUGCUUGGUUACAAGAAGCGAGGCCAUUCAAUUUUCAGCAAUGAAGCAAACUAAAUCUCACAUCUGCGCUUUUGACAAUGAUAAGCCUGGAACUUUGGUACCAAAGAGUUCUGAUCUUAAGUCCAUCUCAGUUAAGAAUUUGACUAGAGAAAGUGCACCUGCAGAGGAAAAUGCUGCAGAAUCAUCCAGUCUUCAGAUAUUGGGUAAGAGAAAGCUUUAUGUUACCUCUGACAGCAGCCAUGGUAUGAACUCCAAUAUUAAGAGGCAAAGGAAGUAUACUUGUCCAUCCGAUUCUGAUUCGAGUAAUGAGCAGAUAUGUAAUGAUGAUGUUGCUGUUCCUGAUAAUCAAUCUACUGGACAGAAUGUUCCCAUCGAAGUGGACAGUGAAGAGGAAAGAAAUGCAAGACAUGGAAGCAACCAACAAACUUGUAAGAAAAAUGUUACUGAUACUGCUUCUCAGAAGUCUGUCAAUUCGGUGAUUGCCUACCCUUAUCCAGACUUUGAUUUUUGCAAGUCCAGAGAUGCUGAAGAAACUGAUGAAUCCAUAAAACAAUAUGGCUGGGCUGGUGACAUGGCAGGUAAAGGCCUGGUGACAAGAAGUGACAGAGUUCAAUUUUCAGAAAUUAGCCAAGCUAAAUCUCAUGUGCCUCCUGCUGACAACGAUAUACCCGGAACUUUGGUACCAAGGAGUCCUGAUCCAAACUCCACCGCUGUGCAGAAUUUGACUGGAGAAAGUGUAUCAGCAGAGACAAAUGCUCCAGGAUCAUCCAGUCUUCAGAUAUUGGGUCGGAGAAAGCUCUGUGAUAGCUCUGACAGCAACCGUGCUAUGAACUCUAAUAUUGAGAGGAAAAUGAAGUAUAAUUCUCCAUCUGAUGCUGAUUGGAGUACUGAGCAAACAUGUAAUGAUGAUGUUGCUGUUACUGAGAAUCAAUUUGCCAAACAACAUGUCCCCACCGAAGUGGACAGUGAAGAGGAAGGAAAUGAAAAACAUGGAGACAAUCAACAAAGUCAUAGGAAAGAUGAUACUGAUACUUCUUCUCAGAAUUCUGCCAAUCCUGUGAUUGCCUACUCUUCUACAGACUUCUUUGAUUUUGACAAGUCCAGAGAUGUGUCCCAAAUUGCGGUUGAUCAGAUCUGGGCAGUAUAUUAAGGUCAUGAUUGCAUGCCUAGAGCUUAUGCCUGAAUAAAUCAUGUCGAUCCUUCCAACCUCAAAGUGCAGUUCACUUGGCUGGUGCACAACACAGUAAAUGAACAAAAUUCCAAAUCGACCAAUGAAAAACUGCCAUUUGCUUGUGGGAACUUCUGCUUAGGAGAAACAGAUGUAUUGCACAAUCCAUCAAGGUACUUAUCCCACAGUGUUUCAUCGACAGGCAAAAAUGGGAACUCCUGUGAUAUAAAUCCUAACAUGGGUGAGGUGUGGGCUCUUUAUAAAGGAUGGAGCAUGCAGUUGAGCUCUCAUGCAGAUAGAUAUCAAUCAUAUGGGUAUGAUAUUGUGCAAGUCCUUUCUAGUGGCUCAAUGGAUGAUGGUGUCACGGUUUCACCGCUGGUCAGGAUUGCAGGGUUUGUCAGUCUAUUUGCGAAAGUGAAGAACGAGUCAUGUUUUUCGAUAUCAUCAUGUGAGGUACUUCAUUUUUCUCACAGUAUCCCCUUCUAUAAAACGAACGGAAAUGAAAGGGUAGGUGUUGCAGAAGGGUUCCUGGAACUAGACACUGCAGCUCUUCCAAGUGACUUGGAUUCGGCAUUUACUUCCAUUACUCUUGAAUCCUACAUGGCUCUUGACAACAAAACAAAUAUCGAAUUAAUCAGUUAUGUAUGCCCUGAUUCAGAAUUCUACAACUUCGAACAAGACCGCUCGCAUGAUAAGUUUGAAGCUGGCCAGAUUUGGGCUCUUUACAGUGAUACUGAUAAAUUUCCCAACUUCUAUGGUUGGGUAAGCAAAGUUGAGAUGGAACCGUUCAACGUGGAUUUGGCCUGGCUUGAGGCUUGCCCUCAACGAGCGCAGGAGAAGCUGUGGUUGGAGCAUGAUGUACCUGUGAGCUGUGGUACAUUUGAAAUCCAAAACAUGGAAACAAAGUUUAAUGAAAAUUGUGCAUUCUCCCAUUUAAUAGAAACCAAACAAAUUGGAGCAAAGUGCAAGGUUCAAAUUCAUCCAAAGAUAGGUGAGGUCUGGGCCAUCUACAAGAACUGGUCAAAUAAGUGGGUUCCUUCCCGCAGCACUCGUGGUACUAAGUAUGCUAUUGGCAAGAUCGUCGACUCCACUGAAGCUUUCACAUUAUUUGGUUAUCUGACUAAAGUUGAUGGUUACAUCUCUGUGUUCAAGCCUGAUGUACGAAGGGGAAUUCUGAAGAUUCCUGUGAAAGAGAACCUGAGGUUUUCUCAUCGAAUACCAUCGUUUUGUCUCACAAAAGAGAAAGGUGGAAAGCUCCAUGACUGCUAUGAGCUCGACCCAGCUGCUGUUCCUGAUGUUUUUCUACACAAGAAUUGAAGGAAAAGAACUCCCACAAAAAAGGACUAAUCUUAGAAAUUAAGAGUGAAGAUAUCUCAUGAUAGAGUCAUCUAGCAUUAUGAUAUGUAUCUGAGUUUCUGUACAGGGCGCGCCCAAUUAUGUUAGAAAAGUAUUCAUGUUUCAUAAUCAUGACUAAUUUCUGUUGAAUUUCACGCUUUCUGGUGAAACUGAUCUACAAUGCUGAUCUAUUGCUUUGCUGUCUGAAGAAACUAAGAAGAAUAUGUAUUCUUCUCAAGUUUGAAUUAUGUAUUUAUGAUACAUAACAUUAAUGUACUUAUGUGUCUGACCAUCAGUCAAUGUACAUGUUCCUAUAUUUCAGCCAA